UUCCUGCAGCUGUUUCCAUCUGUGUCCGGUUGGACCGACUUUUCUGCCAGCCCCUCGCCUCCAGCGGCGAGCCGCCCGGCUCCAGUGUCCGGAUCGCGGAGGGAGAAGGCGCAGACGCGAGCCGGGGGUGUGCGGGGCCGCGGGGCCGCGCAGACCCCUUCUCCGACCCCCUGCCGGGAUUGCAAUUCAGGGAUCUGCUUAUAACAAGCCACUUGCAGGACUGGGACGUGACUCUUCAAUCAAUACUAAAAGACUUGUAGAGAUCUGAAGAAGACUCUUCGUCCUUCAGCUGUACUAUGCUAGCGGUCCUCCUGGCCAAUGGUUGUUUUGCAGCAGGCAGGACUGCCUCCUCAUUCUCGUCCUGAGAAGCCUUCAGCUCUUCCUAUGUCAGUGGCCACACGGCCAAGAGCCAGCUCGCCACUGUCCCCGCAGAAAUCUCUUGGCCUGGGGCCCUCCUUGCAGCGCACACAAGAGGACGAGCUUACAAAGGCAGUGGAGCAGGAUCCUGUGCUGGAGGAACUAUGUAAGCCCCUGUGCUGCAAACUUUGCAAUGUCACUUUGAAUUCAGCCCAGCAAGCCCAGGCUCAUUACCAGGGGAAAAACCAUAGUAAGAAACUUCGGAAUUACUAUGCUGCGAAUAGUUGUCCAGCUUCUGCCAGAAUGAGCAAUUCAGUUGAGCCUGUCACACCUCAGAUUGUCUCCCUUCCAGCUCAGAUGGGCUCUUCUAAACCGGGCGGCCGAGUGAUCCUGGCCACGGAGAACGAUUACUGCAAGCUUUGCGAUGCCUCUUUCAGUUCCCCGGCUGUGGCCCAGGCUCACUACCAAGGAAAGAAUCAUGCCAAGAGGCUGCGUCUGGCAGAAGCGCAGAAUAACUCAUUCUCGGAGACGUCAGAUGUGGGCAAGCGGCGGGCACGGAAAGAAGGGAACGAGUAUAAGAUGAUGCAGAAUAGAAGAAAUGUGUACACAGUUCAGAACAACACAGGUCCCUACUUCAACCCCCGUUCGCGCCAGCGCAUCCCUCGUGACCUCGCCAUGUGCGUCACCCCGAGCGGCCAGUUCUACUGCUCCAUGUGUAACGCGGGGGCCAGCGAGGAGAUGGAGUUCCGGCAACAUUUAGAAAGCAAACAGCACAAAAGCAAGGUGUCGGAGCAGCGGUAUAGGAGCGAGAUGGAGAACCUUGGCUACGUACAGUGACAUGCCGGCCCCGGCAGUAGUUUGCAGAUAGAGCAGCUUGUCUCACCUGCUGUUUGCCACAUGCCCUGCUUUGUGCUCCAUUUGAUAGGAGUCUGCUCUCUAGCUGUACAUGUAACACCUGCAAACGUAAUGGUAUGGUUAGGUUUCUUUUAUAUCCUAGUUGGCAGGAGUGUGCUCUGCAGGACACCAAGUGUUUUUAAUGUUCGUUUGCUAGUUCUCUAAGGCUCUUUGUUGCAUUGAGAGGGGGACAGGGACCCCUGUUUUCCUCAGCGCCCUUUUGCAUGAGUGUGCAAAGCCCAAGAAACACUAGAUCUGCUGUGGUUCUCCCACGUGGGCAGGGCAGGUGAGAAGGCUGCACCCUUUGUCACGUGCCUGGAGUUGUGCACCACAGCAUUUCUCAACAGUAAGUGGUUCCUGGACAGCUUGGAGGUGAGGCAGUAAAGGGGCCUGCAGAUGUGUGCCCUAGCUGGGUUCCUUAUCUAAAAUUCCCUGUGAAGGGAAGUGUAAGAGGCUGCUGCCCCUGGUAUAGCUUACAGCAUGUUCUUAUUGCACUCUGCUCUUGCAGGGGCUGUCAAGAGGUGGUGCAUACUGUACAUUAUUUGAAGGGGUGGGUUUUGUUUGCCUCACCCUCAUGUACGCCAGUUAGACCUCAGAGCUACUAAGGAUUUUACUCUCGGAUUUGAAAUAGGAGAGUAGUUGAUCUGCCACAUCAACAGAGAUUUUUCUGUCAUCGGCCAGCUACCAUUGAGGAAGGAUUCAGGUCUUCUGUUGGUGAUAGACUUUGCCAUGCAGGAGCCACUGGGUUCAUUUAUGCUCCUGCAUGAAAAUCACCCACAAGAGGAGGUGGGGGUUGGGGCCCAGAAAGCAACAGAAGCUAAUCAGAAAAGAGUUUAUCUAAUUAGACGGAGUGACACUUCCUGUGCAAAGAGUUUGCUGCUCUGGCCCCACAUAGGGCAGCAGUAGAGGGUGCAAUGGAAAUGGUUUGGGGAGUAGCCAUGGGCCCCGUACAUCUUACUGGAUUGAUGUAGAGGCUGAAAGGUGGAGAAGAGAGCAUUAGCUGCAGACAGCCAGGUUAUCAAUAGCUAAAUUUUCUGGAGUUUGGAGAAUAGAUUUCAGCUGCUUCUAGUUGUUCACUGACAUUAAACCUGAGUGACGUUAUACAGUUGACAUGAAAUUCACCUCUGGAGUGGAACUACUUGUGUUGGGCAUACUUUUCUCUUUCUCCCACCCCCAAUGUCAGACUUGGCUUUCCUUUGUCUUUCUUUCCUGUGAACAUCAACACCUUCAGAUUUGCCUACGUUUGAAAGUUAAUUCAGAAUAAGGCAGAAUGUCAAUUCACAGCCGUUCCUGAGCUAGCUCCAUGUUUGACGGCUCUUAUUUGGGAACAAGAGUAUCUGCACAUGCUGUUAAUCAGCAGUGGUUAAUUGUGAAUGACUCUCUUGUGUAGGCAAGCCAAGAAAGGCUUUUAUUUUAAAUUUUAGUAGUACUGGGGAAGGUAUAAUGAAGGUUAUACCUGUGCCAGGCUGCCAUUCUCUUCCCUGAUUCUUGUGUUGAAUUUGCUUAUGCCAGUCAUGUUUUAUAGCAUUCAUAAAAGACAGACUGCAUUGGUUCCAGGGUCAGCACGUACUGCACAUAUUUUGCUGUUUUGAGUCUGAUUCAGAGCUGCACCACUCCUUUCAUUUGAGUGGCAGGGGCCAUGGAGGGUGUGAAGGGGACCUCAUACCUUGCUCUCUGCUCCUAGAAGGCAGUAGGUCAAAUUCAAACCUGAUGUAAUUCCAUUGACUUCAGUGAAACUUCACCAGGGAUGAGUAUGGCUCACUGCGCACCAUGUUGCAAACAGCCUUUUUUGUCAUCAGCCUUAUCUGUUUCUUGUUGCCUGCAUUCUGGCAGACAGUUAUAGCUUUAAAAACAGAGUGUUUCUGUACAUCUGUUUUGUUCACAACACAAAAGCUUAUAGCACUUGCACACUCGGAAGUAAAAGCUGUCCCCUUAGAAGCUGAGGAACACGCCAACUACAUUGGCAUCUUGUAUGCGACUAUACUCCAUGAGGAGGAGAAUCAAAGUGGCCAUCUCCUGUUCCUUUCUGAUUAAUGUUAUAAUGUGGUAACGGAUUUCCUUGUGUACAGGGCCUGCCCCUGGUCCUCUCUGCUAAGCCGCAGUAAGUAGAUUUUGCACAGGGGACCUUGCUGGAGCGGGAGAGGACAGGAUCCCAGGAAUCGGAGCACAGAGCUGCUUUUGCAGCACAUGCAUCUACUCUCCCUGUGCUUGUGACUAGGCCCCUGUCAUGCCCUGUUCCCAACCUUUUUCAGAGAAAGCAACUCCCUUGGGUGACCUCUUUUCAACCUUAUUCCAUAUGGUGACACCAAGGCUUCACCCCUAUGCGAGGGUGUUGGGCAGUAGAUAAAAUUUAACCCUGUUGCCUCCGCACAACAAUUGCUGCACUGUGGUGAACUGCCCAUUUACUGUAGAUGAAAGCACAGUAUUUCCAUUAGGCUGCAAUGCUUCAUAAAGUGAGAGUGGUGGAAGCCCUGUGUUGGUAUGUUGUCUAGCCCAGAGCUUGGGGCCAAAGAGGAAUUUUUUCUUAUAAGAUAUUGUCUAGUUUCAAAUGUUCACUACCUCCUUGGGAGUUUUCCCUUCUAGCCCAAAUCCCAUCAGUUCCCUUACAUCCAUCCAGUUUUCUGUAUCGGGACACAGGAAUGAGUGUUGUGAUCCUGAGAAGUCCAACACGAGGGGCUUUGCCCCUACCUUUCUUCUGCCCCUGCUGCUCCCUUGUGUGAUGUAGGGACUGGGACUCAGCAACAGCAGCAGGCAUGACACGCCUCCCAGGCAGGAAGCAAGGCAGCCCUAACUGGGAGGAAGUGAGACAUACUGGGACGCUCUUGUUCUCUGCAAGGGUCCUGAUGUGGCCUUUCCCAGAAGCAACCAAAGACUGCCUCCCCAACUACAGCACCCCAUAGUGGUUCCCCCUUAACCCAGAAAAUGGCUAAUCACAAAUGUAUAAAACACUCCCACCUUUCUAAUAGAUUAAGAGUUGAAACCAGCCCAAAACAGGUCGGAUUCUGACUAUAUUUUAUUAAACUAAUUGUGUCUAUAGGGAUUCAGAAUGCUUGAGGGGAAACUCAUCCUGGUGUAGCUACAUUCACAAACGGGCAGAGCCUGAAAGUAAAAUUACAGGCAUGGUACCUUGUAGACCCCUGCAAAACUUUGAUUAGUUUAUUUCUUGGGUUAACUCCCCCACCCCCCCAACAAUAAGGACUUUUGUGAAGCUGUCACAUUGGCCAGUAGAUUAACGACCUUUGCUGCUAAGAAAAAGUAAUCAGUGUGUUUGUAUUUAUUUUCCUAUGCUGACCACUAGCAGUCUUGUGGCUAUAUACGGCUUUAUCCUAUGGGUUGUUUUUGUUUAACUAGAAAGAUCUACAUCGCACUUUGCUCUUGAAUCAGAAUAAGUAUUUAUUAUAUCUGUGAACAUGUUUCCUCCCAUUCCCUCCCCACAUAUUUAUUUUUUCCCCCUUGACACACAAAAUAAAACCAAUCCUUUGUUUUCACGUCAAAAUUUGGGAUUUGCCUUCAGCUCAUCCUUAAAUCUUCAGUUCACUGAUACUUUAAACACAUACAUGGAUUUCAUACCAGUUAUGAACAUUUAUUUUAAGGCAAGGACACCAAUACAUGGGAUCCAUACAAUUUAUUUGGAAUAAGAAAGAGGUACUAUUUUGUUUGUGUAAAGCAUUAGAUAUUAAAUUGCAUUAUGUAUUAACAAGCAAAUGUAUUAUCUUUAUCACUUGAUAUGGGGUCUGUAUGGCUGACAGUAACCUUACUGACAAUCUGAAGUAGCCUUCUAACUUUGGGGGAGUUACUCUGGGAUUAUACCCAGGUUAACACGAGUAACAUUUUCUCCACAAGGUUUUAUUUUUGUAUUACAUGCACACUAUAGGGCAUUAUAUGCAGAUGUGAUUCCUAAGCACUGAUGUAUAUUUUGGCUUACUCACAUACGCUUGAUAACAUGCAAGAAAUCCUGCAGUCAUACUACUCAGGCAAAACUCCUGUUGAUUGAAAGGGAAUGUUACCUAAGUAAGAAUGAAUGACGUGUCUCUUCUUAAUAUAUCAUAUCAGCUGUUUCCAGACAAAGCAGGCUGCUAACUACCAUGUCUGUCAAUCCUACCUUUGAUUACAACUCUCUAUGCUGGUUUUGCUUUGUUGAGAAUGUUUCCUUUGCUCAGUAAGUACUUGGUCCUACUCCAAUUCAGACUGGUGGGGAAGAUCUCACGGACUUCAGUGGAGCAAAAUCAAGACCUGCGACAUUUCAGGAAUUCUUUCGUGCUGAUGUCUUGUCAUAUAUAUGUUUUUUUAUGUUUGUAAAUACAAGGAUGCUCUGGAUGAGGAAGAUAUAUCUAUGAAUGUUCAAGAGGGCUCCAGAAGGAGCUAUUAUGACAACUGGCAAAGUCCAUGCGUUCCUAGGAAUAAAUUAGCAUAGAGGAUUGAACAAUCCUGGACUCAAUCCAGCUCUCAUUAAAGUUGAUGUCUAAACUCCCUUUGGCUUCUCUGGGUCAGGGUUGAGUGUGGUCUGCAUAAAAUUGGAAGUAAAAAUAAAAUCUGCUUUCAGAUAAUAUGGGGUUAGACAUUAGCCUCAGGAAUCCUUUUUCUGGCUAUGAGAAAAAAACCAUGGAGUUUUUAUGUAUGGAAUACAUAUAUGUAUCUGUAUAUGGAAUAAGACAUAUGCAGUGAAAGGCAGAAUUACAGACGUUUCAGAGAUGAAACACAAAAUACUGUUUGUGGAUAGAUAAUCUGUUUUCAGUCCAUGCUGAAAGAGGAAUUGAUUAAGUUUGCUUCCUGCAUCUGUCUAGCGGCAUCAUUUGCAAAUGCUUUGAAUGUACUUCAUCUAGAGCCUUCUUGUCAGAUUGGUUUUGUACAUUUGUCCUUCUUUUUUUUUUAUUGUACUAAAUCCCGCAAGGGAAUAGUCAAUGGAAAUGAACCUUUUCUUCACUACACAAUAAAUCAUCUUGCUCUCA